CAGCUCACAACACACACUGCGCUUCUUCACGUUGCGACAUCAUUAACUCUGCAGAUGAAGUGGGUGGAAACUUUUAUACAUACAGUCUGUGGUGUGAACGCAAGCCGAGUUCUUUCUCUCUUGUCUUAUUCUCUGAGGAAGUUAAUUUCUGUCUCUCGGACGAAGCGCUGCAACACAAAGGUGACGAGGCAUUGCUGAAAUACCACCUCUAAAAAUAAACUGCAUCCAGGUAGAAGAAAAAUAAGCACCGCAAUCUGCGAGAACAGCAACCAGUUUUUCAAGAAGGCAAAAUGGGUGAUGACACUGCGACUCUGCACAUGGACGGCAUCCCUGCAGACACGCUCCUUAAGGUGCAGAAGUACCUGGAUUGUUUCCACCUGUCUCUGCAGAAGCUUCAGGAGGUCUCGGCUCGCCUUCGGAAGGAUCUGGUUCGAGGUUUGGGGAAACACAGCCACCACAGAGCGCCAGUAAAGAUGCUGCCCACCUUCGUCACGGCAACGCCGGACGGGACCGAGAAAGGCGACUUCCUGGCGUUGGAUCUCGGAGGAACGAACUUCCGGGUGCUUCACGUCCGCGUGGUGGAGGAGCAGCAGAAAGUCCUGAAGAUGGACAGUCAGAUCUGCGCCAUCCCCAAGGAAAUGAUGCUGGGAUCAGGAGAGCAGUUGUUCGACCACAUCGCCGACUGUCUCGGGGACUUCCUCGUCUCCCAUAAUCUGAAGGGACAAACUCUUCCUCUGGGCUUCACCUUCUCCUUCCCCUGCGAACAGAAAGAAAUCGACAAGAGCAUCCUGAUCCGCUGGACUAAAGGCUUUAACUGCUCUGGGGUGGAGGGCGAAGACGUGGUGAAGCUACUGAGAAAGGCCAUUGACAGGAGAGGGGACUAUGAUAUUGGCUCAGUUGCCAUGGUGAACGACACAGUGGGCACGAUGAUGAGCUGCGGCUACAGAGACCAGAGCUGUGAGAUCGGCAUGAUCAUCGGUACGGGAACCAACGCCUGCUACAUGGAGGAGAUGAAGAACGUGAAGCGAGUGGAGGGUGAGGCCGGGCGGAUGUGCAUCAACACGGAGUGGGGGGGCUUCGGGGACGACGGCUCGCUGAACGACAUCCAGACCGAGUUCGACGUGAAGGUGGACAAGAUGUCUAUCAACCCCGGGGUCCACACCUUUGAGAAGAUGAUCAGCGGCAUGUAUCUGGGAGAAAUCGUGCGGCUGCUGCUGGUCCGGCUGACGGAGGAGAAGCUGCUGUUUAACGGACAAACAUCGGAGGUGCUGCUGACCCCGGAAACAUUCGAGACCAAGUUCAUCUCUGAGAUUGAGGAGAAGGAACACGGUCUGGAAAACACGCAGAAGAUUUUGACUAAACUGGGAUUGAAAUGGGAUUUGGUGGACUCCCGCGUGGUGCGUCUGGUCUGUGACGCCAUCUCCUCGCGCUCCGCCCGUCUCUGCGCCGCUGCCUUGGCAACCCUUGCCAACCGUAUCCGGGGCAACCGCAGGCUUGACCAUCUGAAGACCACAGUGGGGGUUGACGGGACAGUCUACAGGAAACACCCCAAUUUCAGCAAUGAGCUCCAGGCCACGGUGCGCCGCCUCGCCCCCCAGUGUGACAUCUCCUUCCUGGUGUCGGAGGACGGCAGUGGGAAGGGCUCUGCCAUGGUGACAGCGGUGGCUCAACGGCUGGCUCUCCAGUCCCGCCUGUUGGAGGACAGUGACGGAGACGAUGAGGAAGAGGAGGAGGAUAAUUAAAGAGAACUCAGGAUGCACAACAACACUGUAUUAGUGUUGGAAGCUUGCAGUGUUGUCAUGCAGCUAAGUUUGUUAUUAAUGUUAUAAGAACAUUUUUGUCUUCCACAACACAAACACUCUCUUUUGCACUCUCAAUGAACUGCGUGUUAAACUGCGUGUUAAAUUAUUAGUUAUCCUUAAACAAAUCCAGUGCAAACAAAUACAGAUAAGAAAGUCAGACCAAAGAAUUACUUGAACCUGUUUAGCAAGCAUAUGUUUUAGUCUUUUUUAAAUAUUUCUGUUUGAAUGUUUAAAAUGUUGCUGCUGUUUUUGUUUCAAAUGGGAAAUAAAGGGACACUUUUCACAA